UCAACUCGGAACUUCAUUACUUGAAGUUUACCAAAGUAACCCUAUCUCUGGCUGGCCUGAGUUCCUCGUUAGUCCGCGGAGUGUCUUGUCCGAGCUGCUCCUUGCUCUUCGCCUGGCUGUCAGUGGCAGCUCAACCCGUUCUCUCUAUCGCCCUCAACACCCAAUCUGCUCACGCGCGCAAACACUCACAUUGACUCACAUACACGCUGUCCCUCUCUCCACUUACCUUCGUUGGCCUCUUGUUUUUUGGUCAGAGAAAAUGACAAUUUACGUGGUAUUGCUUUGUGCACUGACAUUAUUGAACUCUGGAGAAAACGAACAUUGUCGCAGGGUGAGUACAUCUGACAAUGUACUCUCGCGUCCAUUAGACAUUUUGUCUGCAGGAACUCGCUCUUUUUCACUCGGUCCACUCGUCCAAGUGCCGAUGCAUUUGUGGCAUGAUGUGAACAGUACGAAUUUGUGUCACUACCAAAGUCUAAUGGUUUUAAAUGACUGUUUUGUAUUGUCUGGAAACUCACUUGUAGAAUUCGCUUGCAGUAGGUCUCUUAAAAAAGAGAAGCCGUGCAAGGUUAUUAAACAGAGGUGCCUAGUUAUUCUUCUGUUGUUGAUAUCAGGUAACGUGCAACCUAACCCUGGCCCUGAUAUGCAAUGUCUCCAAACCCCCUCUGAUUUUAAAUCAAGAUCUGGUUUUGGUAUUUUUCAUUUAAAUGCACGCAGCCGGUUGUCAAAAAUUGAUGGGGUUAGGAUUUGGGCUAAAUCAACUGAUGCUGAUGUAAUUGUGUUUUCGGAAACCUGGCUCAGCAAGUCUAUUUUUGAUAAGGAUAUUUGUAUAAGUGGUUACAAUGUUUAUCGUGCAGAUCGGGUUAAGAAAGGUGGGGGUGUGGCUAUAUAUGUAAAAUCUAAAUUCCAUGUAAGUGUGGCAAAGUCUGAAACUAUUUGUAAACAGUUGGAAUUUCUUGCUUUGAAUAUUGAGGUUUCAAAGGGCCUCUCUAUAACUGUGAUUGGCUGUUAUAGACCCCCCUCUGCUCUUGGUGAUGCAUUUUCUUCUUUGACGCACCUUAUGUCUAAACUUCUUUACAGUGAAAUGAUCUUGAUUGGUGAUCUCAACUGGUGUUGGUUAAAGCCGGUGUCUGAUGAUUUAAAAAUGUUUUGUAAUUCUAUGAAUCUUACCCAGUUGAUUAAUUCACCCACUCGCCCAAAUCUUAAAUGCCCUGAUAAAUCUACCCUGAUUGAUUUGAUAUUUGUUACGGUCCGGCUCUGUUGGUCCUGUUCCUGUUGGUGUUCGUUUCCCUUUUCUCCCCUGUGUGUGUUGUUUGUGUCUGUCUCCCCCUGCUGUGCAGUCAGAGGUUCUUGGUCAGCGGGCGUGGCCAUUCUAUCACCAGAGCAGUUACAUCAAGCUGCAGCUCAUUGGCACCAAUCAAGCAGCAGAUAUCUACCCGGGCUGGACACCUCUCCAGCGCCAGUUCGUUCCUACACUUCCAGUGAUCUCUUCUGUUCCUGCUGCCUGCCUGCCUGCCUGCCUGCCAUUCCCACGCCGCUACCUGAUCCUCUGUUGCCUGACAUCCUCGUUAUCCAGCUCUCAGGACUACUGGCUCUCCACCCCACUCAGCUCCUACCCCAGCCUGAAGCUACUUCACCCUGACUACUUCUCUCUGCCAUUACACGUUGAAUAAACUACAUCCUUAUUCUACUCU